AUGCGCGGGCGGGGAGGCGGAGCGGCGGCGCGGCCGGAGCACCUGGCCGCGCACGCGCGCCUCGUCAAGUCGGCGUGCCCGGACGCGUUCCUUGUCACCACCGCAAUGCGGGGCUACCUCCGCGCGGGCCUCCCGCUGCAAGCCCUGCUCCUCCUCCGCUCGCUCCUGCCGCGGGCGCCCCGCCUCCUCGGCAACUCCUUCUCGCUCUCCCUCGCGCUGCAGGCAUCCGCCGCGCUCUCGGGCUCCGUUCCGGCUAUGCUCGGCCUCGGCGCCGCGUCCCUCCACGCACGCGCGCUCAAGUCCGGCUUCGCCGCAGCCGACCUCUUCGUGCGCACCGCGCUCGUCGAGGCCUACGCCAAGGCCGGGCGCGCGGACCUCGCGCGCGCCGCGUUCGACGAGGCGCCGCGCAGGGACGUGUUCCUCUGCAACGUCAUGCUCGCGGCCUACGUCGCGCGCGGCGAGGUCGCAGAGGCGAGGAGAGUGUUCGAUGGAAUGCGCGAGAGGGACAUGGUCUCUUGGAACACGAUGAUCCACGGGUAUGCGGUGAAGGGGGAGGUCGCCCUUGCGAGGGAGAUGUUCGACGACAUGGAGGACAGGGACGCCUUCUCGUGGAGCUCCAUGAUGUCGGCGUACGCCAAGGGCAAGAGGUCCAAGGAUGCGUUGGAGCUGUGGCGGGAGAUGCGUGCGGCUUGUGUCAACCCGGACUGCAUCACCAUGGUGAGUGUGCUCUCAGCGUGUGGUGAUAUGGGGGCGCUCGCUGUUGGUGCUGAAGUGCAUCAGUUUGUGGAGAGCAAUGGGGUUGAGUUGGAUGUCAAGCUGGGGACUGCUCUGAUCGACAUGUAUGCCAAGUGCGGAGACAUUGAUAAUUCAGUAAGAGUGUUCCACUCUAUGCCAGUGAAGGAUGUGCUGACUUGGAGCUCGAUGAUCAUCGGGUUGGCCAAUCAUGGGCUCGGCCAUGAUGCUCUCUCCUUGUUCUCAAGGAUGCUAUCAGAAGGACUGCAACCAAAUGACAUUACCUUCAUUGGAGUUCUUAUAUCCUGUACUCAUCUUGGUCUCGUGAGCGAUGGCAAGAAGUAUUUCAGCUCAAUGAGUGUAGUGCAUGGUGUAACGCCGAAGGUUGAGCACUAUGGAUGCAUGGUUGAUCUUUUGGGGCGAUCGGGUCAUAUUGAGGAGGCAAGGCAGCUCAUUAGGGACAUGCCAUUCGAGCCAGAUGCAGUCAUCUGGAGGGCACUUCUUGGGGCUUGCCGCAUUUAUAAGAAUGUAGAAGUUGCAGAGGAAGCUAUGACAAAACUGCGAGUAUUGGAUCCUCAUGCUGAUGGGCACUAUGUCUUACUGUCAAACAUAUAUGCACAAGCGAAUUCCUGGGAAGGUGUUGCAGAGAUGAGGAGGACGCUUAGGAGGGAGAGCAUUCAGAGAAUUCCUGGAAGAAGCUCAAUUGAGUGGCAGAAUACAAUUCACGAGUUUGUUUCUGGUGAUAGAUCACAUCCAAGGUCCAAGGAGAUCUACAAAAUGUUGGAAGAGAUGAUGGAUCGCUUAAGACAAGCUGGAUAUAAGCCAAUGACAGGCUUAGUGUUGCAAGACAUUGAUGAGCAAUCUAAGGAACGUGCAUUGGCUGAACAUAGUGAGAAGCUGGCGAUUGCUUUUGGGCUGCUAACCACUCCUGCAGGCUCAACUCUCCGAAUAACAAAGAAUCUGAGAGCCUGUGAAGACUGCCAUUCAGCUAUUAAGCUUAUUUCCUUGUUGUACGAGCGCAAGUUGAUCAUUAGAGACCGUAACCGUUUCCACCAUUUCAGUGAAGGACAAUGCUCAUGCAAGGACUACUGGUGA